AUGGACAUCACUGACACCACUCAACAAGCCUUCGACCGAGCCCAAGAGCUCAAGUGGUUUGAAGAAUCCAAGCUCGGCGUCAAAGGUCUCGUCGACUUUGGCCUCACCUCCCUCCCUCCCCUCUUCAUUCACCUGCUUGAGACCCUAUCCACCCUCAAGCCUGCCCGCCUCAAGCCUGACUCCAUCCCCACCAUCAACCUCUGCUGCUAUGGCUCCUUCCAGCGGCCCUUUGUCAUUGCAGAAGUGGGGUGUGCAGCUCGCGAGCUUGGCUUCUUCCAGGUGGUCAACCACGGCAUGCCGACAAAGGUCCUGGACCGCAUGAUCGUUGCAGUGAAGGCCUUCCAUGAGCAGCCGAUAGAGGCAAAGGCAAAGAUCUACCGUAAGGAGAUGGAGAUCGGCGUGUUGUUCUUCUCCAACAUCGACUUGUUCCACUCCAAAGCGGCUAGCUAG